AUGGAGAAACAAGCAACAACAGAAGGAUUUUUUGAUGAUGGACACGAAGAUGGUUACGACGCAGUUGUUGUGGGGUCUGGCUAUGGUGGUUCUAUUGCUGCUUGUCGGUUGUCUAUGGCAGGCGUAAAGGUAUGUCUAAUUGAGAAAGGCCGGAGAUGGGAAUCUAAGGACUUUCCAACUGACAACUCCAAAAUCUUGUCUGCUAUGAGGAUGGAGAACCAGAACCUAGGCAUUAGCUUUGGACGAAAAGAUGCUUUGUUCCAGGUAUAUGAACAAAAUGAUUCUCUAGCAGCAGUUGCCUGUGGGCUUGGUGGAGGUUCACUAGUGAAUGCAGGAGUUAUGGUUCCAACACCAGUUCGUGCGAGACGGCAUCCAAAGUGGCCAAAGGAAUGGGAAAGAAAUUGGGAUAACUGUGAAGCUUCUGCUGCAGCCAUGCUGAAAGCACAGAGUAUUCCUGUCAAAUUUCCUAUUGCGAAAGUUAUGGAAGAAGUUUCUAAUGGAGAGAGUGGAGAAACUUUUGAUACUUCAGUAAAGCUAAGUGUGAAUUUUGACCCUGAAGAACCUCUAGCCGAUGCAAUGGACUUGGUUUUAUCAGCUGGAGUUUUUGGCACAACUAAGAUACUCUUCCAGUCACAAAUGAGAGGACUAAAACUUUCAGAAGCACUUGGAUCUGGAUUCAGCUGUAAUGGGAAUACCGUGGCUUAUCUUGCUGGGAGCCCAGCACCACUGAAUGGCUACGGAUUAGACAGAAAGAAAGUGUUUAAGAUGCCAUUUCAAGAAAGGCCAGGGCCAUCCAUCUCUUCAUCUUACACUUCUUCACUGGGCUUUACAAUCCAGAGUGCUGUGCUUCCUACAGCUUAUCCGUACCUGCUGUUUAAAGGAAUUACAACAUAUGGAUGGCCUGCUGGAUACUGGUUCUUUCAUGGGAUUAUAGACAAGAUAAAACAUAUCAUGGGUUUCAAAGCAAGCCAAGCAAUGGUUCUUAUAGGAUUAGGAUAUGAUGAAAGUGAUGGUAAGAUCAUGUUAGAAAGGGGCACAAACAAAAUCCGCUUUAUCCCAGCUCAUGAUCUCCUUCUCCCUCGAAAAAUUAAAGCUUUUCAAAAGAUCACUAAGAAAUUAGGAGGAAUUCUCUUUAUGUCAAAAUAUCGAAGCACAUCGGUUCAUCUUUUAGGCGGGUGCAAUGCAUCAUCAGAACCUUCACACGGUGUUUGCAACCCCAGUGGGCAGGUUUUUGACGCAGAGGGUUCAACCACAGUACAUCCAGGCCUCUAUGUGUGCGAUGCUUCUUUGAUCCCAUGUUCUGUUGGAAUAAAUCCAUCUCUUACUAUUGCCACUGUAGCUGAGCACAUAAGUAAGCAACUUGUGCAGGAUGUUCUCAAGAACAAGAGGAGAAAAGGGCUUGAAUGUGUUCUCAAAACUGCUAACCAAGGUCCAGAUUCCUUCACUGAUAAGACUAUAAUUACUGGUCAGAGAUCAGAGGUCUUGAUUAAAGAAACCAUGAGAGGUUAUGUUGGGGGUAUGCCCUGCACAGCUUAUCUCAGAAUGAAGAUGAACACUGGGGACCACUCUGACGAACAGAAGUCUGGUACUGGAGAAUCCCAUCCUCUUCUAAGAGGGAAAGUGGGAGGGUAUGUGGAAUUUAGAGCCUUUGAGAAGGAUGAAUUACACGUCAUAGAUGGGGGCGUAAAUUUGUGUGAAGUAGAUUGCAGAACUCCUUACACACACUAUAUGCAUUAUAAUCUUCUUCUUGGGGCUUCUACUGGUUCAAGGUAUAUUCUUGAGGGAAGAAAGAUAAUGAAUCCUUAUCUCUUUGGCUUAUAUGCUUGGAGGGAGAUGACAACACUGCAUGUGACAUUUGUAAAAGUUGCAGAGAAAAACUCAAGGAAUGAGAAGGUGAUUUUGAAAGGGGAGCUUGGUAUUUCCAUGAAGGAGCUUCUUAAGAGCUUCAUAAGCCUUGAAGGAAACAAGAAGGGAAGGUUCAUAUGCCUCCUCUCAGGGGCUCUCUUAAGAACCUAUAUAUUGCAGAUACCUCGAGGGAAUCCCGAGGAUUUAAAUCUGUCCUACUGUCUACAUAAACCUUAUCCAAGUGGUACUCUCCAUGAAAUAAAAACAGAAGAUGGAUUCAACAUCAGUUGCAGACAAUGGAAGUGCCACCAUGUUUUGUCACAACUUAAAGGAGAUGAACAACAAACUCCAGUUCUCCUUCUUAAUGGAUAUUCUACUGAGAGUUACUGGUUGCCAACGGAGCCAAACGACUUGAUCAGAACCUUACUUGAAGAAGGGCAUGAAACAUGGCUGUUGCAAUCAAGAUUACACCCUCUGAAUCCUUCAAACAGUUUUACAAUUGAAGAUGUUGGAAGAUUUGAUAUCCCUGCUGCAAUUAAUAAGAUCAUGGAGUUGCAUGGACCAUGUGUAAAGGUGCAUGUAGUUGCACACUGCGUUGGAGGCUUAGCCAUACACAUAGCUGUCAUGGGAGGUCAUGUCUCUGCAACCCGUAUAGCUUCUCUUUCUUGUACCAACUCUUCAAUGUUCUUCAAGCUUAGUGCUUUGUCCACAGUUAAAAUGUGGCUUCCUCUGAUGCCAAUAUCAAUGUUCAUACUUGGAAAUAACAAGAUACUUCCUCUGUUGGAAACAUCAUCGGUCAGCUCACGCCACAGCCUCCUGAAACUUAUAGCCUGCUUCAUACCCCGGUACGAGAAAUGCACCUGCAAUGAAUGCGAAGUGUUUUCUGGCAUAUUUGGAAACACAUUCUGGCACAAAAACAUAAGCCCCACCAUGCACCAGUGGUUGAACAAGCAAAGCUCAACAAGGCUUCCUAUGGCAGCAUUUCCCCACCUCAGAAAGAUAUGCAACUCUGGUUUUAUAGUAGACAGCAGUGGGAGCAACUCAUAUUUGAUCCAUCCAGAAAGAAUGGCACUCCCAACACUUUACAUAUCCGGCGGGCGGUCUCUCCUUGUGACUCCUCACACAUCUUUCCUUGCUCAUAAAUACAUGAAGUUGCACCAGCCUGGCUUCAGACAUGAAAGGGUAGUUGUGGAGGGUUUUGGACAUUCAGAUUUGUUGAUUGGAGAAGAAUCUUACAAGAAGGUGUUUCCUCACAUACUAUCUCAUAUAAGAUCAGCUGAACAAGGAAGAAUAGGGAAGGGAAAGAAGUGCAGAAAAAAGGCCUUGGAUUGGGAAGCUGAUGAUCAAUAUGAAGGCUUGGGUGAAUUUGGAACUUGGUUUUCUCCUUUUGUUAUAGUUUUGUUGUUGUUUAUGUUGCUUUCUCUGCUAGUGUCAUUCUUUAUAUAAUUUCAGACCAAGCCAAAAGGAGUCAUUGUUUGUAUAAUUGCAAAAUAGGAAAAUAUCAACGACUGCCUUGUCAAAACCGCA